AUGGAGCCCGAAGCUCCCGCCACCGCUCGGCGCUGGCCGCAGAGGAGGUCCUCCUCUUCUACGAAGCCGAACGACGGCGGUGACGGCGGAGCGAGAGCCACAGCGCCGGCGGUGGGAUGCGUGCGGGAAAGGGAGGCGUCGACACCGGAGGAAGCGGAAGGAAGAGCGGCAGCGGUUGGGAAUGGUGGUGGUGGCCGUGGUAACAAGAGGGCGGCCAAUGCUGUGGCCAGGAAGAACUCGUCGUCAAUGACGAAGAGGAGGAAGGUGGAAUCGUCUGCAGAAGGAAGCCCGGAGGAGGAAAUGGCUGUGGUAGAUGAGGAGGUUGUCGAGGAGGCGGAUGAAGAUGUUGAGGAGCCAAAGGCUCUAACCAAGAAGGUAGCUGGAAAUUGCGGAGCGAGGUCAAAGCCGGGGAGGAAAGCCAUGCGAGAAGAUAGCGACGAGGAGCAAGACGGUGUAUGGGGGUUCAUUGGCCAGCCCUUUUCCCGGGAGGAGGCCGGACGGAGAUGGCCCCAUCGAUAUAAGGUGCCUGUUCUAGCCAUACGGGCACUUAUCGAGCUUGCCUUUUGUAAGCCUUUUAUUUGAUUAGGAAUCAGAGAUAUUUUCCUGCUCAUUUGUUUAUCGUGAUGCCAGGGAUCCAAACGGAAGGGUGGACCCUUGGUCAAUGCGUAAGUGUCAGCGAGAUAGCGUCUUCCUUGCAUAUCUAUGUGAUACCUGGUUCGGUUGAACGUUGAGGGAAAUUGUAUCGCUAUUUUGUCGCAGGGAAGAGGAAGAAGUCAAGGCGAAGUGUCACUACCGUAAGGCGCGAGUUGAUCACUGCACAUACGAAUUACAUGAUCAUGUUUAUGUCCAGGUAAGUUGACGUUUUGAAGUUUCAGUUGUAUCUAAAUGGUAUCGAUUACACGAAGUAUGCCGGUUUUAUUUUUCCUAAUAUUCGUUGCAUUCUCCUUUGUCGUGGUCGAAAAUUGUAGAUUAGAUCGUUUUGUGUUCUUCCCAUCUUAAUUGUCUUUAGCUGUAUAGUCCUUAUGUGCAUUUGCUUGGCAUGCCACCAUCCGGCCUUUCUAGUUGACGUGGGAUGUAUUGCAUCGGUUUCAAGCUCUACUGCCAUAUCUCUCGAUUUUUUUUUUAUCUCUGCCUAUAUUUUCUUGUAAUAAAUAUCUAAUAAUUCCUUUGAUGGUAAACGCUGUGAACGUCAUUAUCUUACAUUUCUAGUUCCUUUGACAUAAUCAGUGGCAUAAUGCUAAUAGUUACCACAGGCUAAAAAUUCAGAAAAAUGUUACAUUCAAGUGGAUCUGAAGUAGCUCUAUGCUUCCUUUCUAGAUGAAGCUUUUGAAUGCAGAUUAUGUCUACAGUGGAUGAGUUGCGAGAGCACCUCGAAAGAUGAGAAACUAAUGCAUUCUUCUGUAGUAUUUUUGUAUUCAUCUCCUGCUCCGUACUACUCUUUUCUUCCCUUGUUACUGUUCAUUUCCUUGUCCAUCUUAUUCCCCCGAGAUCUAUGAAGCAUUCUUUUUGUUUUAUUUUUGAUAACCAUUCCCCUGUUCUUAUUCGUCCUCUUCAUAAGCCUCUUAUCAUAUUGCGUUUUGACAUUUGGGGAACAUUUGUCUGGAAAUUGCCAGGCAUGUGAGAUCUGAAAACUGGUCAUGGGUGUUCAAUACUGAUGGGUCGAAUACCCAUUUGUUGGUGUUACAUGUUGAAACUUAUAGGACCUAAAAAUGAUGAUCAGGACAGAAAUAGUACAUCAUAAUUUCAAGAAAUCAGCCACUAUAAAAGAUUGAUAUAUUGACAGACUGAUCUACUGUCGCAUGCUGUGUUAUAUAAAGGGGCUUUAGCCCAAAAAGACAAAAAGCAAAACCAGACUUUACCUGAAAAGAAUUUAAUAGGAACUAAUUUUUAGUGUUAUAACUGAAAAAACACCCGUUAGUUACACUAAACUGACAAAAAAAGAAACCAGAUUACACCGGUUUAACUGAAUGGCCUUGCAACUUCUUGAAGACAUCAAAUCUCUCUCUCUCUCUCUCUCUCUCUCUCUCUCUCUCUCUCCCCAUCGCUAUCUCUUUGUCAAACAGCAUGCUAUUUUUCCACUCAUUUAGAAUUUGAUUUUAAUAUCCUACAUCUAAAUGUUAGCUGUAUGAUUAAAUGAUAUUUAUGUUUGACUUAAAUUUCUUAUGAUCCACUUUUUUCACUCAUUUAUUUAUUUUCUGUCGUUUGUUGACUCAACAAAAGGAACGACACGAGAUUUUUUUUUUACCAUUCAUUUUUAUUAGUUUUGCGUAAUUUGGCUUGUUGAAGUGGAUUCGGAGGCAGAAUAUGUAUUAAGAUAGAAUUCCACAAGUCUUAUGUUUUUUUGUGCAUCAAACUCUUUUUUUUUAGUGCUAUUUGGAACCCUAAUGUUCACUUGUGUUUAAUUUUUCUCAGGCUGGAGAAGGAGAACCACAUUACAUUGGACGCAUAGUGGAGUUCUUUGAAUCAAUGGACAAAAAGUAUUAUUUUACUUCACAAUGGUUUUUUCGAGCAGAGGACACUGUAAGCUAUUUAGCCUUUUUGGCAAAUUUAAACUACUCAUAACAUGGGUUCUCAUGGUAUUUCCAUAUGUUAAAAAGGUUUUGAAGGAUCAUGGCAGAGCCCAUGAUGAGAGGCGAGUAUUUUUGUCAGAGGAGAAAAAUGACAACAUUUUGGAUUGCAUUAUCUCAAAGGUCAAAAUUAUUCGAGUUGCACCCAAUGUAAGCUGUCUAUUGUUGAUAAAUAAAUUCUUCUUGGGCUUGAAAUUCAUGAAAAAUUUAUUCUUUAUCUUUUAUCGUUCUAAAUGAACUUGUAGUUUGACUUGGAGGUAAAGAAGAGAAACAUACUGCCAUAUGAUUUUUACUACGACAUGGCAUACAACCCUUCAUAUGCAACAUUUGCAAAUUUUCCUGCAGGUAGGCCAUUCGCUGCAUCUUUUCCUGGUUUCUGAAUAACCUAUGCAAUUCAUGUGCUUGAUUCGCUAUUUUUGACUUCAUACCGUUCAGGAGAAGGAACGGGUGGUAGUGAGACCGCAUCUUCCACACUUUCCUUAGAAGAAGAUUCUUCUAGUCAUUUGAAGUAUAAAUCUGAGUCUUGUUCUGCUCGUGACACUGGAUUGAAGGCUACUGCUUCACUUCUUGACCUUUACUCUGGCUGUGGAGCUAUGUCCACAGGGUUGUGUUUUGGAGCACAGCUAUCUGGCAUGAACCUAGAAACUGUAUGUGGAAUUUUUUCAUUUUGGUUUUGAAGAUUUCUGGAAUUAAUUCUUGUUUAAACUGUGACAUUCUUAAGCUCUCUUUGUGUAGAGAUGGGCUGUUGACUUCAACGAAUAUGCAUGUGAAAGCCUGAAGUUGAAUCAUCCUAAUGUGGAGGUAUUGUUAUUAGUUUUAUAAAUGGUAGAAAGCUUGUAUAGUCUAUUUUAUAUUCAUACGUAUCAUGGUACCCAAAUCGUACAGUAAUGCGAAACUUGUUUCUGAUAGGGUUUCUUUUUUGCUUUUAUUCAUACGUUAUCAUUUUUUGGGGGUUUCUUUACACUGGCGUUAUGCAAAGCAAUGUUUAUUUAUUUAUUUUCACUAUAUCAGGUACGGAAUGAAAAAGCUGAGGAUUUCUUGGCACUUCUAAGAGAAUGGGAAACACUUUGCAGGAAGUUCUCUUUAAUUGGUUGUGAUAAUUCUUCAUCUGAUGAGAGAGAAUCGUGUGUGGAAGAUGAAGAUUAUUAUGAAGAAGAGGGUACCUCCAUCUCUUGUGGUGAAUAUGAAGUAGGCCGGAUUGUUGGCAUUUGCUAUGGUGACCCUAGCAACAUUGGGAAAGUUGGCCUAAAGUUUAAGGUAUGGAAAAUGAUACAUUUUCGACACAUUGGGGCACCUGUGCAUUGUUUAAUUGCCAUUCUUUCAUCGACACUUAUAUCGAUUAUAUUUGAUAGUUAUUGAUGCUCAUUCAUUAGGACUUCAAUGCAUUUUACAAUGAACUUUAUGUAGUGACAUUUGGGUGAGGCAGGUUAAAUGAGCAAGGCAAUGACCUACUCAAGGUUCAACCGAGGAUUCCGAUUCUUAACGAUUUAAUGUUACGUGGCUGGUCAUUUUGUGAUUUUGUGCUGUUUUUGUUUAAGGUUUUCAAGUGGAUUGCCAUGUUUUUACAUUCCUGAAUGUUUCUGCGGUUAUAACUUUAGAUGCAUGCUAUCUGAAUUUUUAUUUUAAUUAGAAAUACUUUGUGAUUCUAAAUGUCCUGAAAAUUCAGGUUCGUUGGAAGGGUUAUGGUCCCACUGAAGACACGUGGGAGCCAACCGAUCAUUUAGGGUAUUCAUUUGCAUGCAACAUACACUCUUUCUGUUCUACAUUCACUCUUUUUAUUUUUUCUUGGUUUUUGUUAUUAGGGUUGAGUUACUCUCUACAAUUGCUUGUUCCUGUUGGAUGUUUGUGGGAAAUAAAUUGUUAACUUAUUUUUUUUCAUCAGCAAAUGCAAUGAACGGAUUGAAGACUUUGUGAAACGAGGUUACAAGUCCCACAUUUUGCCUCUCCCUGUAUGUCAAUGUCUUUUCAUGUCCUCUUUUUCCCUUCACAUGUAUUAGUUUUAUAGAUGCACUGAUAAUGCUUUCUACUACUUGGUGCUGUUAGGGACAAGUUGAUGUUGUCUGUGGAGGGCCUCCUUGCCAAGGAAUCAGUGGCUUUAAUCGCUUUAGGAAUUAUAGUGCGCCUUUGAACGAUCCAAAAAACUUACAAAUGCAGAUAUUUAUGGAGAUUGUGAACUAUUUAAAGCCAAAAUAUGUAUUGAUGGAAAAUGUUGUAGACAUUCUUAAAUUUGCUGGAGGUUAUUUGGCCAAAUAUGCUGUUAGUAGGCUUGUUUCCAUGAGCUACCAAGCUCGACUCGGAAUGAUGGCUGCAGGUUGCUAUGGUUUGCCUCAAUUUAGAAUGCGGGUUUUCCUUUGGGGUGCACGUCCAAGUGAGGUGAGCUUAAUCAAUGCGAUCAUUCCCUGUAGUUUCGUUUCUUUGACUUAUCAAAUUCAUUUUCCAAUGCAGUCCCUCCCACAAUUCCCUUUGCCUACACAUAACGUCAUUGUACGAGGCAAUAUUCCUAAUGAGUUUGAGGUAUGUAAUGAAGCGUAUCUGAUGCCAUUCUUUUUGACUUUUGUCAGUAUAAUAAUUUCAAUGAUUUAAUUGCAGCAAUGUGUUGUGGCUUAUGAUGAAGAUCAACCUCGUGAUCUUGAUGAUGCCUUAGUACUUAAAGAUGCGAUCUCCGACCUUCCUCUGGUAAGGGUUAAUAAUGAUAAGUUCGCUUAGUGGGAAGGACUGUUCUACGCUGUCAUGCUCUUCUAUCUCAACCAAUUGGCAAUGACCUGCGUGAACUCUAUACAUUCUCCUAAUCUUAUUUUGGUCUUUUUCAUUGCAAGACUAAUCCAAAAAGGUCUCUCCUAUUCAACUUGACUUUUUUAUUCUUUGCCCAAUAAAAAAAGCAGAAAUAUGAUUUUGCAGCUAGAGAAUGAACAUUAGCUUCAAUACCUCUCGCUAAAUCUUAGGAAACCCAAGGCAAAAAUAAAUCAGUGGAAUAAGGUAUGUAUAUUUUUACAUGGUUUUUUUUUUUUGGUCAACAUGGGACUGUUCUACCAAAAUCUUUCUGCUAACACACCCUUUGCCUUAUUCCAUGUAACCUAAAUGCGAUAAUCGGUAUUAAUAUCUUGUUAAAAGAUUGUGCCAUUCAACUUAAAAACCAUUUGGGAUGAGAAGAUUAAGCCUAACUGUACAAUCACCUGUUCAAACAUGUCCUUCAGGUGCAAGAAAUUUUUGGGAUCAUCGUAACAACAAUAACACGACUUGCUUACCUGCGCUUCAUUAUUUGUUUAGGUCCGAAAUGAUGAAAAAAGAGAUGAAAUGUCCUAUGGACGGCCUCCUAAAACUGGCUUUCAACAAUUUAUUCGAGCUACUCAGUCAGGUUAGUGAUUUUGGUCUUAAUGGUCUUGGGUAAUUUUAAAGUUCAGUUAAGACAUGUGCAUAUGUUCCUUCUCCAUCCUUCAAUUCUUCAUUAUUCUUCUUGCUUUAUGUUAGGACUUUGAGGGGCCUUACGUCAGAAGAAGUUAGAGGGCAUCUAGGUCACAUGAUGGUUACGUUGGGAGCGUUUUUAGGGUGUCAAGUGGAUGCAUUGUAGUAGAGGGUUAGUCGUCUCAAAAGGCCAACAACGGGACUCCAGACUCUAGGGCUCUUCCUCAAAUACUAUCCAGUGUGAUUGUUCUAUUUUGUGUGUCCAAUCUUCAUUUUGCCUUAUUUUGUUUUGGAGUUCUAUCAACUGAUAACAUAGCCAUGGAAGAAAGGCCAACAUCCUACAGGUUUCACGUUUGUUGAUACUCUAGUCCCAUGAUGGCAGGGUAGACAUUUUGGAGAAAGAAACAACAACAUUGAAGUCCGAAAAGGCUGACAUGAAAUUUGGGAUGGCUGAGGCGAAGUCCAAGAUAGGAGAAAUGAAGUUCAAACUACAACAACUACCUGAAAUCAAGAAGAAUAUAGAGAGCCUGGAUCAGGGCAUGGUUCAAAUCCUAUGCACGUUAGAUGACCGGCAAACAUCAGUCCAGGCAUUGACAGGAUUGAAAGAAAAACAGACUUGUGGAAGAGGGGGAAAUGAGUGCAUUAAUGCUGAUACCAACCUGGGCUGAUGAAGAACCAAUGCAGAGAAGAGAGAAUACAGGCACAAGAAUGGAAUUUUUUAUAGGUCCGAGAUUAGUUGUAGAGUCAAUUGGUGACAUCAAGCCUCAGAGAUCAGGAUGAUUUUGGAGAUGCCACUAUUCAGUAGAGGGAAUCUUGAUGGAUGCUCCAUGUUGAAUUGUUCUUCUCCAUGAAUAAGAUGGAGGCAGAAAGAUUGAUGGUGACAUAAGUUUUGAAGAUGAAGUAUGAUAGAGUACCCCUCAAGACAUGUUCAUCAGAAGUGAACAGUCUAGAAGCUGCUAUAGUGAACAUUAGGGAAGGAGUGGGUUGAUCGGUAUAAAUACCCCUUCACUGUGAAUAAGAGGGGGUAUUGUGGUAGAAGGUCAUGAGAGAAAGGAAGAGAGGGGAAUUCUCUCAAACUAAUUCCCAUCUGUUUCAUUGUUUUCUCUGUUUUCUUUGAGGACAUUUUUCGUUAUCCCUUCUUUGUCCAAGAGGAGAGAAGGGGAUCGUAUCAAAGUGUUGGUGUGGUUUAAGUGGACUGACGUGAAAGUGGAAAACCCUUUUAUGAAUCGGAAGGAUUGAAACACCAACUGCUGCAGUGUUUUGGCUCGUCAUACGUGGGAAGCACAUGCAAAUAAUGUUUGUAUGUAAAACACCAGGGAUCAAGUGGAGAAUAAAAGAGAGAUUUUAAAAUCAUGUUUGCUUCAAUGAAAAGAUUAUCUAAGGAAGUAGUAGAGAGUACAAUUAAAAAAGGCUUUAAGUCAGAGAUUGAGACAAAGAUCAGAGUUUCUAAAUCCUUCAGUCUAAAUUCAAUUAUGGAGACAGAACAACUAGUAGAAGAAAAGAACAGCAUCACUCAGAAUUAUGGCCACAGUACAGCAGUUUCAUGGAUUCUACCCUGAAGACAAGGUGGACCUUACAGGAGGGGAGUAAUGUCAAGACCUCAAUGGGCCUUAUAUCAAGAGUUAGAGGUUAUGUGGGUCACAUGAGUGUUAAGUUGGGGGCAUUUUUGUAAGAGGGGUGAAAUGGGAUAUUGUGACUGGAUUAUGGGAGGAAAGUUUACGGAUUGUUUCUAGGGUUUCAGGUAGUGACAUUGCAAGAGACUAUUAGCCCUCUCAAAAGGCUAACAAGGGGAUUCUAAACUCUUGGAGGGGAUCCCGUGUGAUUUUUCUAUCUUCUGCAUUCAAUGUUCAUUUUCUGUCUUGUUUUGUUGCGGAGUUAUAUCAGAGUUCCAUCACUUUCUUCUUCGCUAUCAAUCAUAUUAUUUCCUUUAUUUUAUUUAUACCAAAAAGGUGAUGUAUUGCCACUAAUUGGAAAUCUAUUUAGACAGGAGAGAACACUAAUGGUUUUUUGUCUCAUACAUCAUCAAUGGGUGGCCAUAACAAUGGAAUUAUCUGCAACAAUACUUUCAUAUGUUGAUUACUUUGUGAUAAUAAAUUCAGUAUCAUCGUUCUUGUUUUUCAGUCAGUCAUAUAGACAAAUUGGGAUUUUGCAAACGUAAGAAAUGGGAAGUGUAUGCAUUUUUAUGAGGUUCAUGAAGGCAUAUUUAUUCUUCCUUUGUAUUGGGCUUAGUCUAUUUAGUUGUUCUUUCGGUUUGUUCACCUCUCUCUCCUCUCUUUUGCACUGGUCUUGUUUGGUCUUAGGCUUGGGUCAUCCUCAGUAUAGGACUUGGUCUUUGGGCUUGUUCCCUCUCCUUGGUUGGUCCUCUUUGGAUCUUGUUCCCUCUUGGUGAUCCUUAUCGGAUCUUGGUCUUUUUGGUCCUAUUCGAAUCUUCUUCCCCUUUCCCUCUGAUCUCUCCUGGCUGGUCCUUUUGGAUCUUGUUCUCCCUCUGAUUUUGUCCUCUUCGGAUUUUGCUCCUCCCACUCUUGGUCUGUAUCGGACCUUUGUUGCUUGUUCUCUCAUUCUCUCUUUUUGGUUGGUCCUUAUAGGAUCUGGUUCCCUUCUCCUUAUCUUCUUGGUGAUCCUCAUCGGUUCUUGGUCUCAGUGGUCCACUUUGGAUCUUGCUCCUCCCUCUCUUGGUCCAUAUUGGAUUUUCUUUGCUCGCUCUCUCUUGGUUGUCUCUUGAUUGUCUCUCUCUCUUGGUGGCUUGCUCAUCUCUCCCCUCUCCUAGUACUCAUUUCUUGACUAGAGAAAAAAGAUCUGAUAGCUUUGAUGGUUAAGCUGGUUCCAAGUGUUGAACUUAUGUCGCUUUGGAGCCAAGGGUAGAACUUGAUCACUUUGGUGUAUUUAAGGAUAUUUUGCAGGUCGAUGGACAUUUGCAACCAUCUGUUUGGCAAACUCUUGAUGUUUACAACAUCAUUAGUUUGAGGGGCGGUUAGAUAUAGUUGUAGAAUGGGCUUAUCAUAUCGUGGUUUAUGGGCCUAUAUUUUGCGUUACUAUUAUGCGCUUGACAUAUUUUGUCAUUGUCAUGUUAUGGUCCUUGUAAUAUUAUCCUAGGGUAAUACGAGGGUUGCUUGUGUGCGGCCUUUUGUUCUUCCGCUACAACAUCAUUAGUUUGAGGGGCGGUUAGAUAUAGUUGUAGAAUGAGCUUAUCACAUCGUGGUUUAUGGGCCUAUAUUUUGUGUUACUAUUAUGCGCUUGACAUAUUUUGUCAUUGUCAUGUUAUGGUCCUUGUAACAUUAUCUUAGGGUAAUACGAGGGUUGCUUGUGUGCGGCCUUUUGUUCUUCUGCUGCCUCAUCUUUCUUCCUCAUCCCCCUCCCCCGCUCCCCCUUCUCUCUCUCUCUCUCUCUCUUGUUAAUGCAGUAUCACUCUCCCCUCUCUCUAUAUUUGUUAACACACUGGAUCCAUAAGCUAAUGAGAGCUACUGGGUUUUAGUAUCAUUGGAGUAAGGGAUGGAAGGUGCAUUUCCAAGGUGACACAAAGUGGUUGGUAAAUUGUGACAUGUAUAGGGACCAGUCUGCAUCUCUUUAUGAAGUGAGAUUCCUCUGCACGAGGGUCUCGAUAACAAGGACUGGAAUUAUAAAUAUUAAAUAUUGUUUGGUUUAUUGUAGAGAUGGGAGGCUCAUCCAAUAAGGAUCAAUGCUUGUCACAACAUAACAAACUCUAUGACCACCGUCCUCUCAAGUUAAAUCAAGAUGACUAUGAGAGAGUGUGCCAAAUCCCAAAGAAAAAGGUUUGUUGUAAUUUUUGUGCUUUAAUGUUCUACAUAUUGUAGUUUUUGGUCAUUAUCAACCAAAAUGAUGCUAUUAUUAAUUUUUAUCAAAAUAGGGAGCCAAUUUUAGAAACCUACCUGGUGUACGAGUUCGUGAUGAUAAUACUGUUGAAUGGGACCCUAAUACUGAAAGGGUUUAUCUGGCUUCUGGGAAACCAUUGGUACACUUUUUUAAUUUAUACUUGUAUGAUUUUCAAUUUUAAUGAGAGGAUGGACAGUGACGCUCAUACUUUCAGAAAAAAAAUCAUGUGAUAUAGGUUCCGGAUUAUGCAAUGAGCUUCAUAAAAGGGAAAUCUUGCAAGUAUGUAUACCUUUUAAUAGCCUUUCCCUUCGACUAAUUUGGCAUCUUAUUCACGCUUAAAACACUUAACAGGCCUUUUGCCCGACUUUGGUGGGAUGAGACAGUUCCCACGGUGGUCACCCGGGCUGAGCCUCAUAACCAGGUCUGACAAUAGCAGUACAUUUUUACUUUUCUCUACAGAACUUUACUGUCUUUGUCCAAAAUCUGCACUGGUGGUGUUUGAACAAUGGCAAUUUUCAAUUUCUUGUUACCACUUCGAUUAUUUGCAUCACUCCUUUUUUACUGUAGAAUGAUCGUAUGUGAUUUCAUUUUGCUUGAUUCCAGGCUAUUUUACACCCUGAGCAAGAUAGGGUUCUAACAAUAAGAGAAAAUGCAAGACUUCAAGGUUUCCCAGAUUAUUACAGGCUUUGUGGUCCGAUUAAGGAGAGGUAUCCUACUACUUUGUUUUUCAUUCCUUGUCAGUCGAUAGGAUAGGACAGUCUUAUUCCAUUUCCAUGGGUAUUAUCUUCAUCUUUCAACUGUAUAUGAUAUGACAAUCAUCAGGUUGUAACCAGUACAUAGACAUUUUUUCCAUGGUCUUUGCCUAAAUAAUGCUUUGUUGUGGUCAGAUUUGUGUGCUAGAAUCCUAGAAAAAGAUACAAAAUCCCUCAGUAUGAAGCAUUUAUUGCAGUAGUCUCUUUUAGAAGCAUGGCUAGAAGUCAAAAAGUGUUUGAAACGUUGGACUGGGGAUAAAAUCACUUCAGUUUCUUGUUCCAUCUUAUAUUGAUCAACAGAAGAAAAUAUCAGGUAAAAGUGGAGGAGCAAAUUUAGAAGUCUUGUAGAGUGAAGGGAAAUAUUGCUCUGCCCUGGGGUUAAACUUGUGCUAGGGUGGUGUUAAUAACACAUGUUUAAGUGUAUACCUUUUUUUUUUAACCAACAGUCUCCCUAUUUCGAUGUUUAAAAGUGUAAACAUCUAAUGUAAAAUCCCAAGUGUUCUUGGUGAUUUCUAGAGUAGAUAUUCUUCUAAGGAUAGACUUACGUCUUUCUGGGUUUUAAUAUUGUUGGCAUGAAGAUGUCAUACAAUAUAUGAGAAUUUAAUACAUAAAAAUGUAAUGUCCAAUGUGUAAAAUGAACUGAUUGUAGACAUAGAUUCACAAAGUAGAUACGUGACAGGACUCUGAUACGACCACACUACUGACCUAUAGAAGACGUAAGGAGUCAUGUGACUGGGGUAUAAAUACAGCAUGAGAUGGGGGGGUAUUCUGGAUAGGCUAGAAACCUCUCGAACAUUUUCCCCAUCCCUGUACUCUUCUUUCCCUCUUCUUUCCUGUUAUCUGAAUAGACUGUCAUCCCAAAGCUUGUUUCUCGUCACUGACGAGAGUCCGUGAGUUUAAUACAAGUAUUUUGCCUCUUCUAUUUCACCCAGAUUCGAUCCUCCCUUAGAGGAUCGUAUCAAACUCCUAGGAUAUUGGCUUAAGUUUGAGGAAAAUAGAGAGAACACACAAGGAUUGAAGCAAGAACAGAUUGAAAUAGAAAAGGGGAAAAGAAAUAGGGGAGGGUUCCGAAGGGACCCUAGAACCAGUUUAGGAACGCAUUCGAGAGCUGGGACACGCAAGUCUACUUUCAAAAGUGCCCCCAAAUGAAGGCCCCUCAAGGAGCCUAUACCGACCUCCUUAUCGGGCCCCUAGGCCCACCUAGGACCUUACCUUCCCUCUUUGGGUGUAAGUAACUUGGGCGGUGGGCCUGGUAAUGGACCUAACAGUUUGGGUCCUAACAUUAUCCCCCCAUAUUUGUUACACGUUGUUCACUAGGUGGAAGUUAGGGAACUGGCGAUUUAUGUCUGAUGUUACUUCCUAAAGUAGCUUCAAAUUCAGGUUGUCUCUUUCAUCAAUGAAGGAAGUAAGGGGCUGGAUGUAGGAAUUCUUGCCAUUUGCCUUCUUCAGUUGAGAGAUAUGAAAAAGUUGUAUCUGAGUAGAGGCUAAUAGAUCCAGCUUGUAGGCAACAGCACCCAUUAUCUUGAAGAUGUUGGGGUACUUGAGUAAGAAGGUGGUCAUGUUGUUCUACAUUUGAACUAUGGAUAAGUAUGUCAUCAAAAACACCAGUGGAAAAUUCUAGAGGAAUGAUUUGAAAAAUUGAUUCAUUAGGGCUUGAAAUGUGAUCAGAGCAUUCUUGAGCCCGAAGGGCCUUGCCAGGAACUCAUAGUGCCCUUCAUGAGUCCUAAUUUUUUUUUUUAUGUAUAUAAGCCUCAUGCGUUCGGAUUUGAUGGUUAUUGGACUUUGAAUUCAACUUGGAAAAGAUUGUGAUUGUGUGUAGCUCAUUGAUUAAUUCGUCAACAGUAGGUGUUGAAAAGUUGUGUGGUAUGGUAAUCUUGUAUAGUCCCCUAUUAUCAACACAACCUCUAGCAGCUAUCUUUUUUUUAACUAACAAGACCAGAUUGGCAAAAGAACUCGUUGAGGGCUGAAUGAUUCCGAUAUCACACAUUUAUCUCGCCAAUUUACAAUUUCAUUUAUUUGGAAUUGUGAGUAGUAAUAAGGAUGUAUAAUAACAGGGCCCUUACUUGCCUUCCUUAAGCACGAUGUGGUGAUCGGCCGCCUUAUCGGGUGGAAGUUCAUCAUAUAGGGCAAAGACCCUUGGGAAAUUGUCUGCCAGUUGUCACUCAAUCAGUUGUGGGUGCUUAUGUAGCUCCCUUGAUCAAUUGACAUAGUCUCAUAAAUAGUUUCUCCCCUUGUUGGAAAUCACAGGCUAUUGACUCAAGAGAUACUCCUAAUUUAUAGAGAUGGUAAUACAUCUGAAGGCGACCAUGGUGCCUCCUCUCAUGGGGAACUUCAUUUGGAGUCGUUUCCAGCCCACCCAUGUAAACUCCAAGGUCUUCAGCCAUUACAUCCCUAAUAUAACAUGUGUUGCCCAACUGUAAGGGCAAAUAAUCAUCACUCACCUUGAUCCCUUACAUUUAUAAGACAAUUCUUUGACAUAUUCCUCGCCCUCUAAUUAUUGUGCCAUUUCACAUGACUACCCCAUAAUUUGUGGUGAUUGAUAAGGGUAGUUUCAACUCUCGAGAUAUGAAGCUAUGCAUAGCUCCACAGUCCAACGACAUGAUGAGAUCCUUGUCCUUGAUAUUCCCCUUCAGCUUCAUGGUACCCAGCAUAGAUAGGCCAGUGACUGAAUUAAGGGAAUUCUCAAUACUACCUUCUUCAAUAUCACCUUGCUUAUUGAUUGGGCUGGGCGAUGGUGCAUUGUUUAGCAUCUUCUCCUAAGUCUUCCUCGUCAUCAUGAACUAAAAAUAGUUGUAGUUCCCUUUUACACAUAUGCGACCCGUUAUAUACAGUUAUGCACCAUGUGAUGCGCAAUGUGUUAUGCUUGUCAUUGCUGUUUGUAUCAUGUGGUCGUUUAGACAGUGACUUAUAUUUAUUUCGUUAUUAUCAUAACAAGAACUUAAUUGUUAGCUUUUUGAAAAACCUUUUAACGAAAUGUGGAGAAGAAAGAAGAACACAGAGAGGAAGAGGAAGAAAUACUAUUGCUUUCCAUUCCUCGCAUCACUGUCACCCUCUACUUUUCCUUUUUUCCAUGCGGUAUGAGGUUCAAGCACAAGCUAAUGAGAUGAGGUAUCAUUAACAGAAUCACUGAGUGGCUUUUUGUCAUAUGUAGCCACAUAUUUUUCUAUGUUUACAUUUCUAUGUCAUCCAGUCACUUUGCCUGGUUAGUAAGACACUGGGCCAUUGCACUGGCUACCUUAGGAUUCACUUAAUGUAUAAAAGGCACGAUGGAGUACUGACACUUGUAACCAUGUUUCUUUAUUCAGCAAUUUGCAUGCCCUUUAAGAAAACAUUAAAAAUGAAGUUACUGAUAUCAAUUAUUUGUGCACUGCUAUUAUCAUGAAUUCAUGAUAAUCAUUAAUUAGGUACUAUGAGGAUAAUGGGAUGUGGUGCAACCCUCAUCCAUCCUAAUUCAUGAAGUAUAGGCUGGAGGAUUGGCCAUUGAAAGACCCUCUCCUAGUUUUUUAGCCAUAUCAUUGAAUGAUUCUCGCCAUUUGUUGAUUUCGUAUGGAGUAACCAGCAGAAAAAUUGACAUUUCUCGACAUGAACUCUCUUUGACGUAAAAAGUAUGCUGAUUUUGUAACUUAACUGGCAUCCUAAUUCAUAAUCAAACAUUGAUCUUCUCCAGGUAUAUCCAAGUUGGGAACGCUGUUGCUAUUCCUGUUGCUCGUGCCCUUGGCUAUGUGCUUGGUCUAGCAUAUCAAGGCCUAUGUGGGGAUAAUUAUGUUCUUGAGCUUCCUCACAAGUUCCCUCAGCUCGAUGGCCUCUCAUCAGUUAACAUUUCAGAAACCGAGAACGAUGUCAUUGACAACUGA